UCCCGCCUACUUCCAUUUGAUUAGUCGAUGUUUCCAUUCUCACAAGCUAAUUGGAUACUUGGACGUCAAUUAAUGACGAAUGCGGACAUGUAAGAGAGGAAAACGACACUGGUGAGAAACUGUUCACCUGAAUGAUGGCUGCCUCAGGGAAACUGGCGUCUUUCCGUCUGCCUCCCUUGCCUACUGUAGGUGAGCUUAUCAAGCUGUACAACCUGCGAGCUGAGAAACAGCUGUCCCAGAACUUUCUGUUGGACUUGAGGCUCACAGACAAAAUAGUGCGUCAGGCAGGCAGUUUGAGGGAUGCCCAUGUGUGCGAGGUGGGUCCUGGUCCCGGGGGUCUCACCCGCUCCAUCCUCAAUUCCGGGGCGGCGGACCUGCUUGUGGUGGAGAAAGAUACGCGCUUCAUCCCAGGGCUGAAGCUGUUGUCUGAGGCAGCACCAGGGAGGCUGAGGAUUGUCCACGGUGACAUACUCACCUACAGAAUGGACCGAGGAUUCCCAGUAAAUAUCUCCAAGCCAUGGGAGGAAGAUCCACCAAAACUUCACAUCAUAGGGAAUCUCCCAUUCAAUGUCUCAACCCACCUCAUCAUUAAGUGGCUGGAGGACAUAGCCAACAGAACAGGGCCCUUCGUCUACGGACGCACCCGACUCACACUCACUUUCCAGAAAGAGGUCGCAGAGAGGUUGACAGCCAGCACAAGCAGCAAACAGAGGAGCCGUCUGUCCAUUAUGGCUCAGUAUCUCUGCACAGUCCGCAACUGCUUCACCAUCCCAGGACGGGCCUUCGUCCCUAAACCAGAGGUGGAUGUGGGAGUAGUUCACUUCACCCCUCUGGUUCAGCCCCAGAUCCAGCAGCCCUUCAAGGUGGUGGAGAAAGUCACCAGGAACGUUUUCCAGUUCCGCAGGAAGCACUGCCAUAAAGGAGUAGAAAAGUUGUUCCCUGAGGCGUGUCGUGUUGAGCUGACACAGGAGAUGAUGCAGAAGGCAGAUGUGGACCCCACUCUACGCCCAACAGAACUCACCAUACCCCAGAUCAGGGCUUUAGCAGAUGCCUACGCUCAUCUCUGCACUCAUGAACCCAGUCUCCUCAGCUAUGAGUUCAGAGAGGAGCUCAGACUGAAGCACCUUGCCAGGCAAAGAAACAAACCAAUGGACACAUUUAUAGGCACGCCAACCGGCGCACCUCCACAACCCUGCUGAAAAAAAAAAAGGCACGGAAACCAAGAGAAGCCCACUAAUAGCCUCUGUUAGCACAGGGAAACAACAGACUGCUCUUAGCCUUGACAUUUCCACCUGGCAUAUGCAUGCAUUUUUAAAAUGUUUUUUCCCUGCACCCAGGGAGCAAUAGGGAACGUGGUAUAAAUGAAAUCCUGGGUCACAGACAAGAACCACAAGGCAUAUAAAGAUCCUGGGUGGGUUGGAUCGGCUCCAAGACCUUGUUCCAGGAUGGGACAACUCUAAGCAGAGUUAUGCGUUUUUGGGAGAAUAAAGAAAGUAUGCUAGUUACACACAGUAGCUCUUUAAGAGUAUCUCUUUAUGUCCCAAUUCUUCCUUCAGAUCCAACUUGCAUAACAGCUUGUCCUGUGGGACCUGAAAGAAAUGUCAGUGUUUUCAGGGUGAUUUAGAAAAUGGGAACAUGGCAGCACCAUAUCCAGGCCAUUUUUUCCUUCCACUGUGUACUGUAUUGCUUACUCACUUGGGAGAUGGAGCUUAAAGGGAGGAGGAAAGUGGUGGGAAUUUGUCUGCUCCAGAAAGUCUUAUUGUAUUAAAGGAAGAUAAACCCACUGUUAAUGCCUAUAUUUAAAACUAAAUAAAUAAAUAAAACAUGAUAGGCAAAUGAUCCAAAUUAAUCAAUUUAAUCAAUCAAUCUAACCAGUGACUUAUGAUGUUUUUGGGGUUUUUUUUAAUGUCAGUGGAGGCACUGAUGUCAUACACAUUUGUUACACUUCUUGUACAAAAUACAGCAUUUAUGAUAUGUAUGCUAAAUACAUCCAACCUUGUUGUUGUUAUUGAAGGUUUUAUGUCAAUAAAAGUGGUGUUACAAGUUUUA